AUGGCCGAACUACCGUCACGGCUUCGCAUUUCCCAAUUUCUCAUCCUCAAACCCCACCAAUUAUCGGGCCAUGGCACGCAACUUUAUCAAACGAUCCAUCGCGCAGCUCGUGAAGACCCUACAGUCUAUGAACUUACAGUCGAAGACCCGAAUGAGGCCUUUGAUGCCCUCCGUGACACCAAUGACUACCAUCUGCUCGAACCCAUUUUCGGACAACACAAUAUCACAAUCAACCCAGAUCCAAUACCUGCAAAACAAGGCCGUCCUCGUCACCCCCGCUCCGUCCCAACGUCCCUGCUUAUCCCAACGGAUACAUUGCGCAAGUUGCGCAUCGAGUACAAGAUUGCGCCCACCCAGUUCGCCCACUUAGUAGAAAUGUACCUCCUCAGCCUUAUCCCCAUGUCUCACCGUGGCUCUCACAACGUGAACUUGGCACGACUCCGUAUCCAAAAGUCUCGUGCUUCGAACGAGCACGACCGACGAUACUACUGGUGGCGCAUGCUUGUUAAGCAGCGGCUGUACAAGCGUCAUCGCGACAUGCUGAUUCAAGUUGAGCCGGCCGAACGUGUGGAAAAACUGGAAGAGACACUGCAUAACGUGGAAGAGGGAUAUGAAAAUUUACUCAAAGCUUUCGAGAUGAAAGUGCCCCGGGAUGACACGGAAGGCGCGACGCCUAUUGUGGAUCAGCAACAGAUUCAAGUUGAAGACCGAGAGACACGUGUAGGGGAUUCCCUCGUCAAAGAGAGAACAAAGAGAAAGUUGGUGGUCAUGGAGGAUGAGGAUGGGGACGACGACCCUUCAGCCGCUGCUAAUAGUGCAGAAGGCGGGGGUGAAGGGGAUGCCAAUGCCCCCUUCAAAAAGACCAAGGUGUAA